AGUGCCCUCUUGCAUCUCCUACCGGAUCUGAGAGGCGUUUUUUGUUUUUCUGUUUUUGUUUCCCCGGCGGCAAAGAGUUGGGCGGGUAGCUUCUUUUUGCGCGUCUGCAAAAUAGUUGUAUUACUCCUAGACUAUCACCCUAGUGUUUGGAGAUGGCUGACGGCGAUGGUGUUGAUAUGGCUCCCUCCUCAACGAGGCUGAUGAAUUUUGUUUCCGAGGAACAGUUGGCUGAAGCCAGGAGAAGUCGGGGUGCCCGAGUUGAUGACGGUACUGCUCAGAGAGAUAGACCCCUCUACGAGAUCUUAAAGGAGAACAAGGAUAAACGAGAUGCUGAAUUUAAUGAGCGGUUCAAGCAUCGACCACCCAAAGCUUUGGAUGAGGAUGAAACUGAGUUUCUUGAAAAGCUAGAGAUGUCCAAGAGAGGAUAUGAAAGGCAAAUGGCAGAUGAAGAAGCCCAGCAACUGCAGAGUUUCCAAGCGGCAGUUGCAGCACAGUCUACAAUUGUACAUGAGGCUACAGAAAUACCCCCAGUUCCUAAGGUCCAGGAAAAAAAAUUAGUUGGGAGGAAGAAUCCGCCAGCUCGCCCUUUGGGUAUGAUUAUCAAAGUCAAGCCACAAGCGAAGAAGGCAAAGAUUGAUAUGGGAAACUUGGAUGUGGUAAAGUCACCUUCGGUUGACACAGAGAAACAUUUGGACUCAGUAAAAUCGCCCAAUGGUGAUGGUGAUAAGCCUCAUGUUGUAGCCAAUACAGGUUUAGUUUCAUACAGUGAUGAUAGUGAAGAGGACUAGCUAGGCUCAGUAUUUUUGGACCUGAUAGUGAUCUAUUUAUGUACUAUCUUUUAGGGUUCAUUUGUAUGGAGGAUUUAGAGACGUAAUAGGAUACGUAAUCUUGUGGGGUCCGUGAA